GGCGCUCGCUCUCAGCCGAGCCUCACUGGAAAGGAGGAAUCAAACUUCCGGUUGGUAUCAUGGCGGCAUUGAGCGGCUUCCGAUGAGGAUGAAAGAGUGGAAAAAUAAACUGUAGAAGAAAAGCCAAGCCGAGCCACCGCUUCUUUCGGGGAGUCGCAGCCCCCACCCGGCUCUCCUCGGCCGGCCAUGGCGGCGCACAAACCCGUGGAAUGGGUUCAGGCCGUGAUCAGCCGAUUCGACGAGCAGCUUCCAAUCAAAGCAGGACAGCAGACUACCCACACCAGAGUCAGCACAGAGCACAACAAGGAAUGCCUCAUCAACAUCUCCAAGUAUAAGUUUUCCCUCGUCAUAAGCGGCCUCACUAACAUCUUGAAAAAUGUGAACAACAUGCGGAUAUUUGGGGAAGCAGCAGAGAAGAACUUGUACCUGUCCCAGCUCAUCAUACUGGACACACUGGAGAAAUGUCUGGCAGGGCAACCCAAGGACUGCAUGAGGCUGGACGAGACCAUGCUGGUGAAGCAGCUGCUGCCAGAGAUUUGCCACUUCAUCCACAUGUACCGGGAAGGGAACCAGCACGCUGCGGAGCUCCGGAGCUCGGCUUCCGGGGUCCUCUUCUCUCUCAGCUGCAAUAACUUCAACGCUGUCUUCAGCAGGAUCUCCACGAGGUUGCAGGAGCUUACGGUGUGCCUGGAAGACAAUGUGGACAUCCACGAUAUUGAGCUCAUGCAGUACAUCAACGUGGACUGUGCCAAACUCAAAAGGCUUCUGCAAGAGACCGUGUUCAAAUUUAAAGCCCUGAAGAAGCCGGCCCAGCUGGGUGUAAUCAACAGCCUCGAAAAGGCGUUUUGGAACUGGGUGGAAAACUAUCCAGAUGAGUUUACGAUGCUGUAUCAGCGGCCUCAGACUGACAUGGCAGACUGCGCAGAGAAGCUCUUCGACCUGGUGGACAGUUUUGCGGAGAGUGCAAAGCGGAAAGCGGCCGUGUGGCCCCUGCAGAUCAUCCUGCUCAUCCUCUGCCCCGUGAUCAUCCAGGAGAUCUCCAAGGAGGUGGUGGAGGACAGCAAGCUGAACAAGAAACUGUUUUUGGACAACGUGCGGAAAGCCCUGGCGGGGCAUGGCGUCAGUAAGCAGCUGACAGAGAGCGCUGCGAUCGCCUGCGUGAAACUCUGCAAGGCCUCCACCUACAUCAACUGGGAGGACAACUCCGUCAUCUUCCUCCUGGUGCAGUCCAUGGUCGUAGACCUCAAGGCUUUACUCUUCAACCCCGCCAAGACGUUCUCCAGAGGAACCGGCAGUCAGAGUGCAGACAUGGACCUCAUGAUUGACUGCUUCGUGUCUUGCUUCCGAAUAAACCCGCACAACAACCAGCAUUUCAAGGUCUGUUUGGCACCAUCCUCCCCGCCCACCUUCCAUUUUGUGCUGGUGAACUCUCUCCACCGAAUCAUUACCAAUUCGGCUCUGGAUUGGUGGCCCAAGAUCGAUGCGGUGUACUGCUACUCGGGGGAGCUGCGGGGCAUGUUCUCGGAGACGCUGAGCCGAGUGAUGCAGGGCUGCAGCGCACACGCUCCCUUACGCAUGACGCCGAGUCUCACGUUUAAAAUUACCAGCCUUAAAUUUAAAGAAAAAACAACAGAUUUGGAUACCAGAAGUUAUAAGUAUUUGCUGUUGGCUGUUGUGAAAUUAAUCCAUGCAGACCCUAAACUGCUGCUGCACAAUCCUGGAAAGCCAGGCCACGAAAUCCAGAGCAGCACUGCAGAGUUAAUCACAGGGCUGGUACAGCUGGUCCCAUUGCCCAACAUGUCUGAGAUUGCCCAGGAAGCUAUGGAGGCUUUAUUGGUUCUGCAUCAACCAGAAAACAUUGAACUGUGGAAUCCAGAUGCACCAAUAGAAACCUUUUGGGAUAUAAGCUCCCAGGUUCUCUUUUUUAUCUGCAAGAAACUAAUCGGUCACCAGAUGCUGAACAGCACAGAGAUUCUGAAGUGGCUGAGAGAGAUUCUGAUCUGCAGGAAUAUGUUUCUGCUCAAGAACAAGGAAAGCGCUACCCUGGGCAGUGGGAUCCCUAUCUGUCGCCAGGCUCAGACCAAGCUGGAGGUGUCUCUCUACGCCUUCCUGUGGAGCCCGGACAUUGAGGCCGUCCUGGUGGCCAUGUCCUGUUUCAGGCACCUCUGUGAAGAGGCGGAUAUCAGGUGUGGGGUGGAUGAAGUGUCCGUCCAAAGCAUCCUCCCCAAUUACAACACCUUCAUAGAGUUCGCAUCGGUCAGCAACGUGAUGUCAACAGGUCGGGCAGCUUUGCAGAAGAGAGUCAUGGCACUGCUCAGGAGAAUAGAGCACCCCACUGCAGGGAAUACUGAGGCCUGGGAAGAUACAUAUGCAAAAUGGGACCAGGCCACCAAAUUAAUUCUUAACUAUCCAAAAACUAGAAUUGAGGACGGACAGGUUACAGAAAGUCUCCAUAAGACAAUUGUUAAGCGGCGAAUGUCACAUGUAAGUGGGGGUGGCUCUAUAGACUUGUCUGACACGGACUCCUUGCAGGAAUGGAUCAACAUGACGGGAUUCCUGUGCGCCCUCGGGGGCGUGUGCCUUCAGCACCGCAGCAACCCCGGGCCAGCCACUUACAGCCCUCCCAUGGGCCCUGUCAAUGAACGCAAAGGCUCCAUGAUCUCCAUGGUCUCCACUGAGGGCAGCGCGGAGACGCCCCUCAGCAAGUUUCUGGACCGCUUGCUCUCACUCAUGGUGUGCAACCUGGAGAAAGUGGGCCUGCAGAUCAGGACCAAUAUCAAAGACCUGGUGGGGCUGGAGCUGAGCCCAGCGCUCUACCCCAUGCUGUUUAACAAGCUGAAGAACAGCAUCAGCCGCUUCUUUGACGCACAAGGGCCGGUUCCAAUCAAUGACACUAAUACGCAGUUUGUGGAGCAGACGAUUGCUAUAAUGAAGAACCUGCUGGAUAACCACACUGAAGGGAGCUCUGAGCACUUGGGCCAGGCCAGCAUCGAGACCAUGAUGCUCAACUUAGUCAGGUAUGUCCGCAUUUUGGGAAACAUGGUGCACGCAAUCCAGAUCAAAACCAGGCUGUGCCAACUGGUUGAAGUGAUGAUGGAAAGACGGGACGACCUGUCGUUUUGUCAGGAGAUGAAAUUUAGGAACAAAAUGGUGGAGUACCUAACUGAUUGGGUUAUGGGAAUUUCCAACCAGGCGGCGGAUGACGACGUGAAGUGUUUGACAAGAGACCUGGAUCAGGCCAGCAUGGAGGCGGUCGUGUCACUGCUCGCAGGAUUACCCCUCCAGCCAGAAGAGGGAGACGGUGUGGAACUGAUGGAGGCCAAGUCGCAGCUCUUCCUGAAAUACUUCACUCUGUUCAUGAACCUGCUGAAUGACUGCAGCGAGGUGGAGGAUGAUGGGCAGCAGACAGGGGGGCGGAAGCGCGGGAUGUCCCGGAGGCUGGCCUCGCUGCGGCACUGCACUGUCCUGGCCAUGUCCAACCUCCUCAACGCCAACGUGGACAGCGGCCUGAUGCACUCCAUAGGGUUGGGCUAUCAUAAAGACCUGCAGACUCGAGCCACCUUCAUGGAGGUGCUGACCAAGAUCCUGCAGCAGGGCACGGAGUUCGACACGCUGGCAGAGACGGUGCUGGCUGACCGCUUCGAGAGGCUGGUCGAGCUGGUCACCAUGAUGGGAGACCAGGGGGAGCUGCCCAUUGCCAUGGCUUUGGCCAAUGUGGUGCCUUGUUCACAGUGGGAUGAGCUGGCCCGGGUGCUGGUGACUCUGUUCGAUUCCCGGCACCUCCUGUAUCAGCUGCUGUGGAACAUGUUUUCCAAAGAGGUGGAGCUGGCAGACUCUAUGCAGACGCUGUUCAGAGGAAACAGCCUAGCAAGUAAAAUAAUGACCUUUUGUUUUAAGGUUUAUGGUGCUACCUACCUGCAGAAGCUGCUGGAGCCUUUGCUAAGAGCAGUGAUCACCACCCUGGAGUGGCAGCAUGUCAGCUUCGAGGUCGACCCCACCAGGCUUGAACCCACGGAGAGUCUGGAGGAGAACCAGCGCGACUUGCUGCAGAUGACGGAGCAAUUCUUCCACGCAAUCCUCAGCUCCUCCUGCGACUUCCCUCCCCAGCUGCGCAGCGUGUGCCACUGCUUGUACCAGGCAACUUGCCACUCUCUACUGAAUAAAGCUACUGUUAAAGAAAAAAAGGAAAACAAAAAAUCAGUGGUCAGCCAGCGCUUCCCCCAGAACAGCAUGGGCGCUGUCGGGAGUGCCAUGUUCUUAAGGUUCAUCAACCCUGCCAUCGUCUCCCCCUACGAAGCAGGGAUCCUGGACAAGAAGCCCCCACCCAGGAUCGAACGUGGGCUGAAGCUAAUGUCCAAGAUACUUCAAAGUAUUGCCAACCACGUGUUGUUUACAAAAGAAGAGCACAUGAGGCCGUUCAAUGACUUUGUCAAAAGCAAUUUUGAUGCAGCAAGAAGAUUCUUUCUGGACAUCGCGUCCGACUGCCCUGCCAGCGACGCUGUCAAUCACAGCCUGUCCUUCAUCAGCGAUGGCAACGUGCUGGCUCUGCAUCGGCUGCUGUGGAACAAUCAGGAGAAGAUUGGGCAGUAUCUCUCCAGUAACAGGGAUCACAAGGCUGUGGGAAGGAGGCCCUUUGACAAGAUGGCGACUCUGCUGGCAUACCUGGGCCCCCCAGAGCACAAGCCCGUGGCCGACACGCACUGGUCCAGCCUCAACCUCACCAGCUCCAAAUUCGAGGAGUUCAUGACGAGGCACCAAGUGCAUGAAAAAGACGAGUUCAAGGCUCUGAAAACACUCAACAUUUUCUAUCAAGCCGGGACCUCCAAAUCUGGCAAUCCAGUAUUUUAUUACAUCGCUCGGAGGUUUAAGACUGGCCAGAUCAACGGGGACCUGCUCAUUUACCACGUCCUGCUCACCCUGAAGCCGUACUACGCCAAGCCGUACGAGAUCGUGGUGGACCUGACCCAUGCGGGGCCCAGCAACCGCUUCAAGACAGACUUCCUCUCCAAGUGGUUUGUGGUGUUCCCGGGCUUCGCCUACGAGAACGUGGCCGCCGUCUACAUCUACAACUGCAACUCGUGGGUGCGGGAGUACACCAAGUACCACGAGAGGCUGCUCACGGGACUGAAGGGCAGCAAGAAGCUCAACUUCAUCGACUCCCCGGGCAAGCUGGCGGAGCAGGUGGAGCCCGAGCAGCAGAAGCUGCCCGCCGCCACGCUGGCACUGGAGGAGGACCUCAAGGUGUUCCACAACGCCCUCAAGCUCGCCCACAAGGACACCAAGGUCUCCAUCAAGGUUGGCUCCACAGCAGUGCAGGUGACCUCCGCAGAGCGCACCCGUGUCCUGGGGCAGUCUGUGUUCCUCAAUGAUAUCUACUACGCCUCGGAGAUAGAGGAGAUCUGCCUGGUGGACGAGAACCAGUUCACCCUGACCAUCGCCAACCAAGGCACCCCUCUGACGUUCAUGCACCAGGAGUGUGAGGCCAUCGUCCAGUCCAUCAUCCACAUCCGCACUCGCUGGGAGCUGUCUCAGCCCGACUCCAUCCCGCAGCACACCAAAAUCCGGCCCAAGGACGUCCCGGGAACGCUGCUCAACAUUGCACUGCUCAAUCUGGGAAGUUCAGACCCAAGUUUACGGUCUGCUGCCUAUAACCUCCUGUGUGCCUUAACCUGCACCUUCAACCUGAAGAUUGAGGGGCAGCUGCUGGAGACGUCGGGUCUGUGUAUCCCUGCCAACAACACCCUGUUCAUCGUGUCCAUCAGCAAGACCUUGGCUGCCAACGAGCCCCACCUGACCCUGGAGUUCCUGGAGGAGUGCAUCUCGGGCUUCAGCAAGUCUAGUAUUGAACUGAAACAUCUCUGUCUGGAGUACAUGACGCCCUGGCUGCUAAACCUGGUGCGAUUCUGUAAGCACAACGAUGACGCCAAGCGGCAGAGAGUCACUGCCAUUCUGGACAAGCUGAUCACAAUGACCAUCAACGAGAAGCAGAUGUACCCUUCCAUUCAGGCCAAGAUCUGGGGCAGCCUUGGGCAGAUCACAGAUUUGCUGGAUGUGGUGCUGGACAGCUUCAUCAAAACCAGUGCGACAGGAGGGCUGGGCUCCAUCAAAGCAGAAGUGAUGGCUGACACAGCUGUGGCUCUGGCUUCAGGAAAUGUAAAGCUGGUUUCUAGCAAGGUGAUCGGGCGCAUGUGCAAGAUCAUCGAUAAGACCUGCCUGUCCCCCACGCCCACGCUGGAGCAGCACCUCAUGUGGGACGACAUUGCCAUCCUCGCCCGCUACAUGCUCAUGCUGUCCUUCAACAACUCCCUGGACGUGGCUGCCCACCUGCCCUACCUCUUUCACGUGGUCACCCUGCUGGUGGCCACCGGCCCGCUGUCUCUCCGCGCCUCCACGCACGGCCUGGUCAUCAACAUCAUCCACUCACUCUGCACCUGUUCACAGCUCAACUUCAGCGAGGAGACCAAGCAAGUCCUGAGGCUCAGCCUGACUGAGUUUUCUCUUCCCAAGUUCUACCUGCUUUUCGGGAUCAGUAAAGUGAAGUCGGCUGCUGUCAUCGCUUUCCGCUCCAGCUACCGGGACCGCUCGUUCUCUCCAGGGUCCUACGAGAGGGAGACCUUCGCUCUCACCUCGCUGGAGACUGUCACUGAGGCCCUGCUGGAGAUCAUGGAGGCUUGUAUGAGGGACAUUCCGACGUGCAAAUGGUUGGACCAGUGGACAGAGUUAGCGCAAAAAUUUGCAUUCCAGUACAACCCGUCCCUGCAGCCUAGAGCCCUGGUGGUCUUCGGCUGUAUCAGCAAGAGGGUGUCGCAUGGGCAGAUCAAACAGAUCAUCCGCAUUCUCAGCAAGGGGCUGGAGAGUUGCUUAAAGGGUCCUGACAACUACAACAGCCAGGUUUUAAUUGAGGCCACCGUAAUCGCGCUGACUAAACUGCAGCCACUUCUCAACAAGGUACGGAGGCAGAAGUGCACCCAGCCCCUACAGGACUCCCCCAUGCACAAAGCCCUGUUCUGGGUGGCCAUUGCGGUCCUGCAGCUCGACGAAGUGAACCUGUACUCUGCUGGGACAGCUCUGCUGGAACAGAACCUGCACACACUGGACAGCCUCAGAGUGUUCAAUGACAAGAGUCCAGAGGAGGUGUUCAUGGAAAUCAGGAAGCCUUUGGAAUGGCACUGCAAACAGAUGGAUCAUUUCGUCGGCCUCAAUUUUAACUCUAACUUCAAUUUUGCACUAGUGGGACACUUGCUGAAAGGGUACCGGCAUCCCUCCCCCACCACAGUAGCCCGGACGGUGAGGAUUCUCCACACUCUGCUUGCACUCGUGGGAAAGCACCUGAACUGUGACAAGUUCGAGGUGAACACCCAGAGUGUGGCUUACCUUGCAGCCCUGCUGACUGUGUCGGAGGAAGUGAGGAGCCGCUGCAGCCUCAAGCACAGGAAGUCCUUGUUGUUGUCGGACGUUUCCAUGGAGAACAUUUCCAUGGAUACAUACUCUUUGCAUCACACUGAUCCCAGCUGUAGGACACUGAGGGAGAGUCAGCCCUGGACUUCUCCCAAAGUCUCGGACCGGUACCUGGUUGCAAACUAUCCCACGGUGGGGCAGAUCAGCCCCAGAACCCGCAAGUCCAUGAGCCUGGACAUGGGCCAGCCAUCCCAAGCAAACACUAAAAAGCUACUCGGCACUAGGAAGAGCUUUGACCACUUGAUUUCAGACACUAAAGCACCAAAGAGACCAGAGAUCGAAUCUGGCAUCACCACGCCUCCCAAAAUGAGGAGAGUAGCAGAAAACGAUUAUGAAAUAGAGACCCAAAGAAUAUCUGCCUCUCAGCAGCAUCCUCACCUGCGGAAGGUGUCUGUGUCGGAGUCCAACGUGCUUCUGGAUGAGGAGGUCUUGACUGAUCCCAAAACCCAGGCUCUGCUGCUCACUGUCCUUGCCACGCUGGUGAAAUACACUACAGACGAGUUCGACCAGAGGAUCCUCUAUGAAUAUUUAGCUGAAGCUAGUGUUGUCUUCCCAAAAGUCUUUCCAGUUGUCCACAACCUGCUGGACUCGAAGAUUAAUACCCUCUUGUCACUGUGCCAGGACCCCAAUCUCUUGAAUCCCAUUCAUGGAAUUGUGCAAAGCGUGGUGUACCAUGAGGAGUCCCCACCACAGUACCAGCCGUCCUACCUACAAAGUUUUGGUUUCAAUGGGUUGUGGCGGUUUGCUGGUCCUUUCUCCAAGCAAACGCAGAUUCCAGACUACGCCGAGCUCAUCGUGAAAUUCCUGGACGCGCUGAUCGACACCUACCUGCCGGGCAUCGACGAGGAGACGAGCGAGGAGUCUCUGCGGACGCCCACCUCCCCCUACCCCCCCCCUGUGCAGAGCCAGCUCAGCAUCACGGCCAACCUCAACCUUUCCAAUUCCAUGACCUCACUCGCUACUUCCCAGCAUUCCCCAGUUUAUAGACGAUCCCCAACACUGCCCCAGUUGAGGACCUCUGAUGUGGUGUCCCAGAAAAUGCCUGCAUCUCUGCCUUGCUCUAAAUCUGCCGUUUUCAUGCAGCCGCCCCCCCAUCCAGUUUGCAAAUGCAACAGAAAAUCUUUGCACCCGGGACGGGCUCCCCUCUUCAGAACUGGGGCGAAUUCCAUGUUCGUAACCAUGGCGUUGACAAGUCUUGGGUGCAUACAUGUGCACACAGAAAACAAUGGAAUCGACAAGGAAAACGUGGAGCUUUCUCCAACUAGCGGGCACACGAACAGCGGGCGGACGAGGCACGGGUCAGCAAGCCAAGUCCAGAAGCAGCGUAGCGCCGGGAGUUUCAAGCGCCCCAGCAUUAAGAAGAUUGUGUGAAGAAGGGUCAUUACAUCCUCCAGACUCCCCCUGACCAGUCAUGAUGCUGCACUUUCGUUUUUUGUUCGUUCCUGGGUUGUUUCUUUAUUUUUUAUUUUAUUGUUUCUCCUGUCAAGUCAGCCAAGUUGCCUGACGAUCAAGAUUAUUGAAGAACUGCCUGAAUUUAAAGCCUAUUAUUAUUAUUAUUAUUAUUAUUAUUAUUAUUAUUAUUAUUUUUUUUUUUUUUUUUAGAAAGUGUUUCCAAAGCAUUCUAGAAGAAAAUUUAGUUCAAGUAUAUCAAUUUAGGUAACAAAAUGUCAUUUUUUUUCUUUUUCUUUUUUUAGCUGGAAGCACUGAAAUUCAUAGCACUGCAGCAGUUGUCUUAAAAAAAAAAAAAGGAAGCCAUUCAUUAGUUCUACUUUUUUUUUCUGCUUUUAUCAUUUUUGCCUUUUUGUAAAAAUGAAAAAGUGUUGAGAGAAAAAAAGGAAAAGAAAAUUCAGAAUAUUUGCACCCUUUUCUUGAAACGGCAAAGUGGCUUUCUUUAUGGUUGGACACAAUGGAGUCAAAGGAGAAGGCUGGAAAGAGGAGAGCUAAGAGAUCGGCAAGAAGUAGCCUCAUGAACACACUUUUUGUUUCGUGUUUUUUUUUUUUUUUCUUUUUGUAAGGACUAAGAUAAGCAGGUUAAUCACAGGUACGGUUUGAGGAUUGAACUUCAAGUGAAAGUCAAGAUUAUAUAUGUAGGAGUUCUCAUUGAAUUAGAGUAGCUGGUAGUGUGUGUGUUUUGUGGAACUGCAAAGUUAAGGGUUGUGCAGUACAAAGCAGAAGACCGUAUCCCUAGUGAAUUGCACACCGCUCGGGGCACACUCGGUUAUGGGUGUGCAAUAACCGAGACAGCCCAGGGCAGGGCACACGUUGCAAUUCAGUUUCCAGUCCCUUCUUCAAAUCGAAUUCCAUUUCCCUAGUCACUUCUUCUAAUCAGCUCCAUCCCAUCGUUGAUGAAAAUUGCAAUCGGCAGCAUUCUGUUCAAACGAGCUUCGCGCCGUGGCAGCACAGUCCUUCGAAGGAACUGGAAUUGGGAAUUAAUUUUUAUACAGGCAUUGGAACUGAACAGCAGGAGUUGACCCCGAGCCUGGUCGAGAGAGAAGAGAUAGGCGAGGGCUUUUCUAGUUAGAAGUUAUAUCACAUGCCUAAAUCAUUUCAAAGUGUAGCGCAAAGUGACCCCCUGUGCAGUCACUUUAUACUAGUUAAAUCAGAAGAAAACUUGAUAAUAAAAAUGCAUAAAUCUAGUGUCCGUUGUGUGGCUUCAUCAGGGUUUUCAAACUGAGCAUUUUGAAAUGUGUGUAAUUUGUGAUAAAAUAGCCCUUGAUUUGGAUAGUGAGGACAGGUAGGGUUUGACUUUGAGUGGCUUGUGUUCCACAGAAUGUGUAUCAUUAUAAAAUGCAUCCUAUAAUGCUAUUUAAAAAAAAAUCUAUACAGUAACCAAUAUUCUACAGUCAGAUAGCAAUGUCCCUGUAUAGCAGAGUAGUCACAUUGAAGAACUUUUUUUUCGUUAUCAUUAUUUUGCAAAGAUCGACUUAGGACAAGACACUAGGAAUAAUAACGUGAACUUGUAAAUAUUAAAAUGCUUUUAUUUUAUCGAUUUUAAAAAAAAAAGUUUAAUUUGUUUACAGUGCAGUACGAAAACAAUGGAUACAAUCAUAAUAUGCAAACAAUUUGCCAAAAUAAUAUAGAAUUUCAAAAUAAUAAUAAUAAUGAUGAUGAUGAUGAUGAUGAUGAGUACUGUGUCAGGAUCCUCUGUGUUCGUAUUGAGUAGCAUGCAGGUUUUGUGAGGGUCGCUGUAAGGGAAGCGUUCAGGUUCAAUUAGAGACAGUAUUGAGACAUGGCCGAUUCAGAGUAUGAAGGGAUGCAGGGUAUUGUGCUGUUUGUUUUUUCUGUUUGUUAUAUAAACUCCUUACUUGAUUGAAACGCAAUCUACUUACAAGUGUAGUUGGACAGUAGACUGCAUCAGCCGGGGCAGAUUCUGGUUUUGCCGAGGUUUCCGCCUGGCUGUUCAGAGGCGCGAUGAUGUGACAAAAAACACUGCAAAGCUUAGCGAAUUUCUGUAUUGAUUUUGGAUGUUAUGACUGCAGUCAGCCAGAAUGUAACUGGUACCAGGUUUAAUCGCAGACCAGCUUAGUCAUAAAUGUACAAAAAGGGUUUGUGCGCUUUUAAUAUUUGGUGCAGUGGUGUUAAUUAAAAAAAAUAUAUCAUUAGCCCACAGCGUAAAACAAAAUGGGAAUGGAGCAGUGUUUAAUAUACUGUUAUUGUUCAACAAGAGAGUUAGCUUUGUUUACAGAGAUUUAAUUUGAAUUAUAAAAUAAAUAAAUAGAAACAUUGGGCAAAGUAUUAUAUUAGCGUUAAUCAAAUCCAGUGUUGUUCAUGCAAGCGGCUUCUCGUCUGUAUAGUAUUUAAGAGAGGCUGAAGCAGCUCCAGGUGAGGAGCGGCUGAUUCCAAGUAAGCGUUGGUGCAUAGCUGUUAACAGACCUGCUCAGUUUCAGCGUGGAAGUAAUUAGCAGUUCACCUGAAGCUGUGUGUUUUGUAGACACAGCUUUUAAAUUGUGACCCAAACUAGAAUUAACUGAUUAAAAAAAACCACACACUUUUUUCUCACUUCUUAGUGAGUACACCUGACCAACGCGUUUCUCCAUUAUUCAGUGCAGUAUUCCUGCUCCGAGGUGAUCGCUGUCACAGCUAUGGCAUCUUGGGAACGACAGUCCUUUACUACGUGGUUUAAUCAGCUUUCAGCAUCAGGACAGGCAGAUCUAUCCAGCAGUUUGGUAUAGGCGAGAGAGUCAGGCGUAGUGUUGCACUACUCCAAACUGCGGUCACGGAUUUCAAUUCUAGGGUUUAAUGAACUCAAAUUCGGCACGUCUUGCCUGAGGUUAUGCAAAACAAAGACUUUGCCGCAAGCAGUUACCUUUUGAGUGUUGGCCACACUAAUUAUUUUUUUUGGUUUUGUUUUGUUUUUUUAAAUGCAGUACGUUCACCUUUUGUAAAUAGUUUUUGUGUAAAAUUUGACAAAGGUAUAUUUACUACACUGUAAAUACAUGUGAUGAUAAAUUGUAUUAUUUAGCUUUUUUUUGUAAAGCAGUUAGUUUGCUGUACAUGUAUAACAUACAAAUGUAAUUAUUCUAGUGUUAGUAAUGUUAACUCUCUCUCUCUCUCUCUCUUCCCUUCCAUUGCAUUACACUAUGUCAUUAAAACAAAAAAGGAACAGCCAGUAGAAUAUAAAAUUGCUGUGUAUUAUAAACUCACACUGUGUAUGAUAAACUUACUGUUCCCAUUUUGGGCCUAACCUUGAGAAAUGAUACCUUCAAACCCCCCCCCCGUGCGCUCGAGUCCUGUUCUUACUGUAAGACAAGCGUCUGUGAGCAGGAGGAAGGAGGCGGCUGUUUAAAUCUAGAUGGAUUUGUUAAUCGUAGGUACCAUUGUAGAAAUCAUUAUUCAAGAAAUGUGCUGUUCUCCUCGUCCCUGUCCCCCCACUUUAUGUAUGUAUUUCUUUUUUUGAAAGUAAAAUGUAAAUUGAACCUGU